AUGACCUUUGUUCCCCUCUCCGAGCUCACUGGCGCCUCAAUAGACGAACUGAAGCUCGUAACCUCCUUCCUACUCUCCUAUCCCCUCGCCGCAAUCCUAAAACGCCUCCCGGACUCCAAACCAUGGCAGAAAAACACCUUCAUCAUCCUCGUCUCCAUCUUCUACCUCAUCGGCCUCUUCGACCUCUGGGACGGUCUCCGAACCCUCCUCUACAACGCCGCCGGCGCAUAUGCAAUCGCAUACUUCGUCGAUGGCUCCCUGAUGCCGUGGAUCGGCUUCCUGUUCCUCAUGGGCUACAUGUCCCUGAGCCAUAUAUACCGACAGAUCGUGGCGGAGCCCUCCGCCGUGGACAUCACGGGCGCGCAGAUGGUGCUGGUCAUGAAACUGAGCGCGUUCUGCUGGAAUGUGCAUGAUGGGAGGCUCCCGGAGAAUCAGCUCUCGGACGCGCAGAAACAUGCGGCGAUCCGGAAUAUGCCCGGUGUGUUGGAUUUUGCGGGCUAUGUGCUGUUUUUCCCUUCGCUGUUUGCCGGGCCCGCGUUUGAUUAUGUCGAGUACCGGCGGUGGAUAGAGACUACGAUGUUCGAUCAUCCGCCGGGAGUGGACCCGUCAAAGACGCCUCCAACCCGUAAGAAGAGGAAGAUUCCACGGAGCGGGCGCCCUGCCAUGUUGAAAAUGCUUACGGGUCUCUUGUGGGUAUUGGCAUUCAUCCUGAUUGGGCCGUGGUAUGAUAAAUCUCGAGUUCUUAGCCUGGAGCAUCUAGGCUAUGGCUUCAUCAAGCGCGUCUUUAUCCUGCAUAUGCUUGGCCUCACCGCAAGAUUCAAAUACUACGGCGUGUGGACGCUCACCGAAGGCGCCUGUAUCCUGAGCGGCAUGGGCUACAACGGCUUUGACCCGCAAACUGGAAAAGCCCACUGGAACAAAUUGGAGAACGUGAAUCCCUGGGGUCUGGAAACAGCCCAGAACCCUCACGGGUAUCUAGGUAAUUGGAAUAAGAAUACUAACCACUGGCUACGGAAUUAUGUCUAUCUACGGGUGACUCCAAAGGGCAAGAAGCCUGGCUUUAGAGCUAGUCUUGCGACCUUCUUUACGAGCGCGACGUGGCAUGGUUUCCACCCGGGAUACUAUCUCACCUUUAUCCUAGGCGCAUUCCUCCAGACCACUGCCAAAAACUUCCGCCGUCACCUCCGCCCCUUCUUCCUCACCCCGGACGGCUCCAAGCCCACCCCCCUAAAACGAUACUAUGACGUCCUAGGCUGGCUCACCACCCAACUCACCCUCUCUUUCAUAGCUGCGCCCUUCAUCCUCCUCAAAUUUACAGACUGCAUCACCGCUUGGGCACACGUCUAUUUCUAUGGUAUUGUCGGUAUCGCAUCCUCGCUAGUCUUCUUCGCCAGCCCCGGUAAGAAAUUGCUUACAAAGAAACUCAACGCGAGGAAUAAGGGGCGCGCAGCUAUUACUGGAACGCCGCCGCGUGGCGAGAAGGGGCGGGAACCUGCUCGCCCACCCACGUUAGGGUUACCAGAAGAUCCGGAGCGGGAUUUCGAUGAGGCGGUCGCCGAAAUUAGAGGGGAAAUUGAGGCGAGGAGGAGGAAGGGAAGUGUGGUCACGAUGCCGUCGGGGCAGGAGUUGCGGGCACUGAUUGAGGAGAAGCUGAAAAGGAGAUAA